ACACACACACACUCAUCAGAGGAGAGCUGAGUGACUUGCAUCGCAGCCCGCAACGACAAGGAUGGUGCGGGAGCAGUACAUCACCACCACGGGGGAUGACGGUGUGCCGGACACCAUCCCCGAGUACCUGUACACGAUUGGCAUCUACGGCUGGAGGAAGCGCUGCCUCUACCUGUUCAUCCUCAUCCUCCUGGUCAUCCUGGUCAUCAACCUGGCCCUCACCAUCUGGAUCGUCCGCGUCAUGUGGUUCAACACGGAAGGAAUGGGGCUUCUCCAGGUGCACCCUGAUGGAGUGAGGUUGGAGGGUGAGUCGGAGUUCCUCUUUCCACUGUAUGCGCAGGAGAUCGACUCGAGAGAGGACUCAGAGCUUCUGGUGGACUCCACGGAGAAUGUCUCUCUUAACGCGCGCAAUGACAAUGGGGACGUGACGGGCCGGCUAUCUGUGGGGCCCAAGAAAGUGCAGGGGGAUGUCCAGCAGCUGGUAAUCAACUCAAACAGCGACAAGAUGCUGUUCCAGGCAGAUGGCAAGGAGGUGGUGGUGGGCACCAACAAGCUCCGCAUCACAGGUCCUGAAGGUGCUAUCUUCCAGCACUCGGUGCAGACACCCCUCAUCAGAGGAGAGAUGUCCAAAGACCUGAGGCUGGACGCCCCGACCCGCUCUCUCAGCAUGGACGCCCCAGGCGGCGUACACAUCAAAGCGCUGUCAGGACGCCUCUCGGCCACAUCCAAUAUGGACGUCCUGCUGCACUCCAACGAUGGCCUGCUGGUCCUAGAUGCCGAGAUGUUGCGGCUGCCCAACCUGCGCCUUGGCACGGCGGGCACGGGAGGCGCCCAGGGCCUCUACGAGGUGUGUGUGUGCCCCAACAGCGGCAAGCUCUUCCUCUCCAAGGCCGCCUUCACCUCCACCUGCAGCAACAGCCAACAGUGCUAACAGCGGCCCCGGUCCACCGGACCAAUGACGCGCGGGACUGACCCACGGGUCAGACACACCUGGCUUGAUGUCCAUCCAGGCACAGCAUCUAUCUACCUUACCUAAGUGGUCGGGUCCUUGGACGGCAGGGUCUCUCUACUGACAGGAGGAAGCACAACUUUAUGUGAAACUGCUGAGUACGGAAUAUCGCACACAUUGGUUUUGAGAAUGUGGUGGUGGUGUCAGACAGUAAAAGUCUAUGGAGCAGGGCGUGUGGUAGACAUGUGAGUUUGACAGUACUGGGUUCAAGUCAUUAUAGUGUUAACAGUUAUGUUAGUUGUAAGUGUUAAAAAGUAGAAAUACAGUAAUUCAAAACAGCAAAGGCAAUUUGUGCUUUGGUCAAAUUCUGGACUGGUUUUCGACAAGCCAGCUUGCAUCUCUUUCUGCUCCCUCCACAAUUCAAUACCAGAAAUUUGAUUCAAUACCAAAAAUUUGAUUCAAUACCAAAAAGUCUCCAGAUACCGUGCUCUCAUAUAAUAAAGCACUGGCUAGAUCACAUCUAGUUCUGCAAGACCGUGAAUAGGUUGUGUUUUUGUUUGUUUGUUUGUGUAUGGAGCUGCAGCUGCCACAUGAGAUGACUUAUGCUUUAGGGAGCUGCCGUUCAGUAGGGGCUUAAUUUAAAUAUCUUCAGUAUGAGGGCUGGGCAAAUGAAGAGCUGGUCAACAGCUUGCAUCCUAUGCAAUAUAUAUUUGAGGUGCAAUAAUGAUAUAAAUAAUAUGAAAUUAAAGUGUGUGAGAGAGUGUGAGUGUGUCUCUCUGUCUGUCUGUGUCUGUCUCUGUGUGCGCGCGUGUGUGUGUGUGUGUGUGUGCGUGAGUGAGUGUGUGUGUGAGAGUGAGUGAGUGUGUCUCUGUCUGUCUGUCUGUCUGUCUGUCUGUCUGUCUGUGUGCAUGUGUGUGAGCAUGUGUGUGUGGGUGUGUGCGUUUUCUAUAUGAAUGUUUGGGCAUGUUCAUGUGUGUAUGUGUCAUGUACAAAACAAUUAUCCAUAACUACUUCACAACUGUUGUACAGAGAGGGGUCUGUUAUCUCAAACUGAUAAAAUCCAUAACUAUUAUGUACUACUAAGUACAAAGCAACAAAAAUAUUUAGAUUGUAGUGUCAUUGCAUGUAGCCUUAUGCGUGUUGUGCCUCACUGUGGCGUCAAGAGGAAGUUUUGUAUUUUGUUUUCCAUUUUGUUAAUUUGUGGUGUUUUUACUUAAUAACUUAAGUACAUAAGCUUUAUAUUUUUUUUGAGGGAAAUAUAUGAUGGUCAGCACGUCUAUCUACACAUGUGCAUCAUUAUAAGAAAGCGCUAUGUUAAUCUUUUUUGUUACAGUAAUGGCAUCAUAUCACCAUCCAGUGGACAUUCCUGGAAAAAGUCCACAAAUUGAAAAUCUGUGUUGUAGUGCCAUCUUGUGGUCUUUUUUUUCUGUCAAUUUCAGAAGAAAAACUGUUUUUAUCUGUAGUAAAAAUGCUUUGAUCCAUUAGUUGUUCCUGAAGUGUGAUAUAUGUCGAAGUAUUUAGUUUUUGGAGUGGUUCAUAAUUAUAUCCAGUGUGUUAUAUCAUCAUCACCCGACUCAUGCUGCACAUGGGAACAAAAGAACACAAAAGUAAGUAAAGAUGACAUUGAACUCUCCCUGAAUAAAUCAGACAGUUCUUUGA